CUGGGCAUGGACAGUCGCGAAUCCAACCUGCUGUCUGCCCCCAUUUCUUGCUCUGCUCUGGCCAGAGAUUCUGCCGAUCCCUGCGUCAGUGCAUCAGCCAGGGACCGGGGCAGGAAAGAGGGCUGCAUCUUUAGGAUUCUGAUCAACGGCUUUCUGAUUUCCUCAGCCAUUGAAAGGCGAGAGAGGCCGCUCGGACCUCCUCUCUUCUGCUUCCUGUGAGGGGCCCAGCUCGAUGAGGUGCACCAAAGGCCCAGCUGCCCUCACAUCAUGAAGCAGUGUCCCAUGUUACCGGUUCAGUAGCAGAGGGGCCCAGUCUCUGGCAGCGUGGUCAGGAACACCGCCUUUCAGGGAGCUGGUUUCAGUUUGACGCUGUCCUUGCUGCACGGAGCUCUGCCCCAGGUUGUUUUCACAGCCGGUCCCAGCUUGCUGGGUUGCCACUCUGCUGCCCAAGAGAAACGAGACCUGGUCUCUUAGCCCAGCCUCUCUGGGCUGGCAGAGCUGGAGCCAAAACCCUUGCAGGCAAUGGGAGUGGGCAGAGAUGUGACCAAGGGGGGGAUUCAUUGCUACAGCAAGCCAAUAAGAGUGCCCCUUUCUGCUGGGUGGCUCUUUUGGACACUGUCCGAUCCCCAGCUCUGUUGGGUGGGCGUUGCCAUGGUACUCUGAUGGGCCAGGGCGGUGCCAAGUGCAGCUGAGAGCUGGCAAGGGGACGAUAGCCCUGGGCUCUCUUGCAUCACUGCAUUUAUUCCUCCCAGGCUCCGCAAGUGCCAGAUGUACGAAGCCUCGGUCAUGAAGUAUGGAGACCUUGUUCAGGAUGACUCUUGGACUGAGAUCAUCAGCGUCUUGACAUCAGCUGCCAUCAGGUUUGAAAUGCUGAGUACAGCCCAUCAGAGUCAGAUUAUCCUCGACCUGGAGGACAGCAGCAUCUCCACAAAGGGGACGAAAAGCGGAGCCUUUGUGAUGUACAACUGUGCUCGGCUUGCUACGCUCUUCAAAACAUAUCAGCAGGCUGUGGAACAAGGUGCAUACCCGGCCUUCCCCCCAGCAUCAGAACUGAACUUCUCCCUGCUCAGAGAAGAGGGCGAAUGGCUUUUGCUGUUCAACUACAUCCUUCCCUUCCCAGAGACCCUGAGCCAGGCAGCACAACUGCCCCUCUCCAGCAAAGGGAUUCGAAUCACAGCCAGCACGGAGGCGGUGUGCAAGUUCCUGAUCCACCUGAGCAUGGACUUCAGCUCCUACUACAACCGCGUUCACAUCCUGGGG